UGAUAGAGACAACUUGCCGUUUGCAACUAGAUAACCGUUACUUGUUUAGUCUAGCCAUGGGGGAAAUAGAAAAGAAAAAUUCAAAGCUGACUGAAAUCGAACAGUAAAUAAAGUCCAAGAGAUGAUAUCUUUACAACUUCUAUCUCCUUUAUCUUCAUUAGACAUUCACAAUUUGAGAAACCCUAAUUUAACCUCAGUUCCCUCAUCUAAACCCUACAAAAACCCAAAUUUUACAGUCUUCAAUCUUCACUUAGGUCCAAAUUCUUGUAAUACAACACUUACCCAGUCCAAUUCUCGUACAAACCAUCAUAACCCGCUUCUCAAUUUCUCCCAAUUUAGAAGGGGAACUUGCAAUGGAGUUAAGGGUUCCGGUGAGGAGACCAGUACAGCGAUUGAUUCCGGUGGUGGAAGUGGCGGUGGUGGUGGAGGUGGGGGUGAUGAUGAUGGAGAUGAGGAGGUGGAGAAAAAAGGUGGGAUUUUACCAGAGUGGGUAGAUUUUACUUCUGAUGAUGCAAAGACUGUGUUUUUAGCUUUGGCAGUUUCGUUUGCUUUUAGGGCGUUUAUAGCUGAACCCAGAUUUAUUCCUUCUUUGUCUAUGUAUCCAACUUUUGAUGUUGGUGAUCGAAUUGUUGCUGAGAAGGUUUCGUAUUAUUUCAGAAAUCCUUGUGCAAAUGAUAUAGUGAUUUUCAAGAGUCCGCCGGUUCUUCAGGAGGUUGGAUACACUGACAAUGACGUCUUCAUUAAACGAAUUGUUGCCAAGGAAGGCGACGUUGUGGAGGUUCGUUCAGGGAAGCUUGUAGUCAAUGGAGUUGAAAGAAAUGAAAACUUUAUUCUGGAAUCGCCCAAGUAUGACAUGACUCCAAUUCGUGUGCCUGAGAAAUCAGUUUUCGUGAUGGGCGAUAAUCGCAAUAAUAGUUACGACUCACAUGUGUGGGGUCCUCUUCCUGCAAAGAAUAUAAUCGGAAGAUCAAUUUUUCGCUAUUGGCCCCCUAACAGGAUCGGUGGCACUGUUCUUGAGACUGGUUGUGCCGUUGACAAGCAAGAAACUGUUUCGGUUUCCCCCUAAUCGGUCCAUCGAGCUGGACCAUUUUAGCUCCAUUUUUGGUCUUGCAGAUAUGGCUUAGUCGUUCGCUAGGGAGGCACAAUUAUUGCCACUUUUUAAAGGCCUUAUUGAAAUUAGAUUUGCUCCUGUAAUCAAUAAUUCAAUAAAUAUUAUAAUCUCGAAUCAAAUAAUUUUGUCAGUUUGAUUCGGUUA